UUCCUCUCCAUGCAGCUUUCCAUCCUUUCCUUUGUGAGAGUAUACGACGCGCUCCCUACCUCCCCCACUCCCGCCCUCUUUCUCUCUCUGAAACCCUAGCAAUCCCUCUUCCUUCCCUUCCUUUGUUUGUUUCUUGCAGGAGAAGAAAACGCGUGGCUAUGGCGGACGACGCUUCGUUCUUAGACGACCUUUUUUUGUACGGUGAAGGCACUCCCAAACCCGACCUGACGGACUGGACGUUUCUGCCGCCCUACCCCUCCGCCGGCUGCCUCCCCCUCGGUGCCUCCUCGGUCUACGACACCCAAAUCAAGGACCCUUCGCGUCAAGUGGCCGGAGUCCGAGCCUCCGGCGAUCGGAAGCCGUUGUACAACAACAAUGACGCGGGUUCUUUUUAUAACUUGGCUGGGUUACCUCCCCCUUGCUGCGCAUCCGGGAACCGUUCUGCCAACUGCGGAACGGGGUUCAACCUGCCUGGCUCGGCGGUGCAUGCGAACUUGGUAGCCGAACCGGCUCUUUCUCUGCGGCAGCAGAUGGUGCUGGAGCUCGUUAGGCAGCACGUCCUUCUUCGUAUGAUGAACCGUGGCGAACCUUUCAACGCGAAUAUGUACUGUGGAGGGCCUGUACCCAGCUUUCCUUCAUGUUCGUGCAGCCUUUGCGAUCUAAACUUGGAAAAGUUGAGCAUCUCGGACCCCGUCUCCGAGACGCUUGGGUUAAGGCGGGGGGCGAACAGGGAGCGCGCUUCCAGGGCACGAGGUAAACAGAAAAGUCCAGUCCACUACGGGCUGGAUGUGCUGCCGAACUGGAGCAGGGUGAAGGACGAGCGAGGGGAGCAAGCGGGGAAAGAGUUGUCUACGUUUAUUCAGGAGCAGCAAGACUGCAAGUAUACGUCGCUCGAGGAGGUCAAGGGCAAGAUGGUGGUACUUGCGAAGGAGCAGCGUGGUGGCCGGUUCUUGCAGAGCAAAUGCAAAUAUGGUUCGCCAGAGGAAUUACAGAUGAUCUUUAUGGAGAUUAAAGAUCAUGUGUUCGAGUUGAUGUGUGAUGGUUACGGGAAUUAUCUCGUUCAGGCUCUCUUGGAAGCCUGCGAUGGAAGGCAGAGGAUAGAAAUAAUUUUCACUGUCACUCGGACAAACCAUCUGUUUAUUGAAAUGUCUAUUCACAUUAAUGGGACACGGGUCGUGCAGAAACUGUUGGAAACUAUCAAGUCAAAGGAGGAGAAAUCUCUGAUUCGCUCAGCCUUACAACCCGGGCUGGUGAAGUUGAUGACAGAUUCGAACGGUAAUCAUGUUCUGAAUCUUUGGCUGACAUUAUUCAGCGAUGGAGAAGAAACUGGAGACAUUGAGUUUAUCAUUAAUGCUGCUGCACGUCAUUGCGUCCAAAUUGCAACUCAUCCUAGUGGAUGUAUUAUGAUGCAAAAAUGUUUGCAACAUUCUAAGGGAAGGCUGAAACGUCUAUUGAUUAAUGAAAUUAUCGAAAAUUCACUGCAUCUUUCCCAGGAUCCUUUUGGCAACUACAUCGUGCAGCAUAUAUUUGGCCUAGGAAUACCAUGGAUACGACCCAAGGUUUUGGACAAGCUUAAAGGUCAUUUCUUGUCCCUGUCCUUGCAAAAAUACAGCAGUAACGUGGUGGAAGAAUGCCUGAGAGUAAGUGCAGAAAAGGAACUAACCCAAAUUAUCAGAGAGCUCCUCGACUCUCCAGAUUUUGUGAUGCUUCUAAAAGGCGAGUAUGGCAACUACGUUGCCCAGUCCGCACUGAGUGUAUCAGAGGGAUAUGCUAUUCAGAGUGAUCUGGUCAAGUCGGUACAAGCAAACGCUUCUUUUCUACGCUGCCCAUAUGGGAAAAAGGUUUUAAGCCGUGCAAAUUCAAUGGCUCUUCAUGAUACUGUGGUACCAAGAUCGGAUUCCAAUCGGUGGAGAUGAUCCAGUAUUAAGUUUAACUAACCAAGCACGUUGAGUCUUUGUUCUAGGAUCCAUGUUUAAUCUGCAAAAACUGCGCAAAAUAAUGCUUUUGCUGCUGCAGGUCGCUAUUUUUUUAUACUUGGAACAUAUAAACAGUUUUGAUGUAUAGUGGCAGCCUUUAUGAAGAUUUUGGACGUCCAUAGAUGUAGAGUUACAGGAAAGGAAGGGGCAUCUACCACGAACUUAGAGUUGGAGUGGUGUUGCAUACAACCCGCUCUGAUUUUAAGCUAUGGUCAGUGUUGGUACAUAGGUAGUUUUUCCGUUUUCUCCUUUGUGAGGUUCCAUUUAAUUUGUAGCACAUGUUGUUCUUUUAUUUUUGUUAUACAGUAAUGUUUUAAUAGUGCAAUUAAGAUUGGUUUGUUGAUAGUUUCU